AUGAGGGUGUACGAACAGCACCUUGCCAGAAUGAGGAAACACGGAGCCGUGGUGAUCGAGAACCUUGACAUCGCCACCAACAGUCAAGAUAUUGUUUCCAAUGAGGGGACUGCGAUGCUGACCGAGUUCAAGUCGAGCAUAAACGAGUACUUGGCGGACUUGUCCUACUCUCCGGUCCAUUCUCUUGCGGACAUCAUAGCUUUCAACAAAGCGCGUCCUAUAGAGGAGAGGCUAAAAGAUUUCGGGCAACAAAACCUUAUCUUUGCCCAAAAUACAAACGGCAUUGACCGUCUGGAAAGAGCUCGGAUCCGCUGGCUGAAGGAGCUCUCCGUGAAUGGGUUGGAGAAGCUGAUGAAGGAGCAUCAACUGGACGCGAUCGUUGCACCCGAGCACUAUGCUUCCAACCAUCUCGCCAUUGGCGGCCACCCUGGCAUCGUUGUGCCGGCUGGGUACAACGAGAAGGGUGUCCCUUUUGGCAUAUGCUUUGGCGGGCUGCAGGGAUAUGAGCCGAGGCUGAUCGAGAUGGCCUAUGCUUUCGAGCAGGCUACUAAAGUGAGAAGGCCACCCAUGUUCAAGCCUUAG